AUGGAGCUUUUGGUGCAUGUCACUUCACAGAAGUUCUGUCUUGUUUGUUUGACUGCAUCCUCAGCUAUUAAAGGUGCUAUCCAGCUGGGAAUAGGAUACACGGUAGGAAACCUUACAUCAAAACCAGACAGAGAUGUCCUUAUGCAAGACUUCUAUGUAGUGGAAAGUGUCUUUCUACCCAGUGAAGGAAGCAAUCUCACCCCUGCUCAUCAUUAUCCUGACUUCAGAUUUAAGACGUAUGCACCUCUUGCUUUCCGCUAUUUCAGAGAACUUUUUGGUAUCAAGCCUGAUGAUUACUUGUAUUCAAUCUGCAGUGAGCCUUUAAUCGAAUUAUCCAAUCCAGGUGCCAGUGGGUCCCUCUUUUUUGUAACUAGUGAUGACGAGUUCAUCAUCAAAACAGUUCAACACAAAGAGGCUGAGUUUCUUCAGAAGCUCUUACCAGGUUAUUAUAUGAAUCUGAACCAGAAUCCAAGAACUCUCCUACCCAAAUUUUAUGGACUGUACUGCGUUCAGUCAGGAGGCAUUAAUAUUAGAAUUGUUGUAAUGAACAAUGUUUUGCCACGAGCCUUGAGAAUGCAUUUCACGUAUGACUUGAAAGGCUCCACAUACAAACGGAGGGCAUCAAGAAAAGAGAGGGAGAAGUCCAACCCUACGUUCAAAGACUUGGAUUUCUUGCAAGACAUGCAUGAAGCAUUGUAUUUUGACUCUGAAACUCACAGCGCGCUGAUGAAAACACUACAGCGGGAUUGUCGAGUAUUAGAAAGUUUCAAGAUCAUGGAUUACAGCCUGCUCCUGGGAAUCCACAUACUGGAUAGUAACAUGAAAGAAAAAGACGGGGAUAGUUCCCAGAGCACAUCUGAUGCAAAACGUCCAGGAGGGCAGAAGGUGCUCUAUUCUACAGCCAUGGAGUCUAUACAGGGCCCCGGCAAGUCUGGGGACUCUGUCAUCACAGAGGCAACAAAUACAAUGGGAGGUAUUCCAGCUAAAAGCCAUAAAGGGGAAAAAUUGCUUCUGUUUAUGGGCAUUAUUGAUAUUCUGCAGUCAUACAGGUUUAUGAAGAAGUUGGAACAUUCCUGGAAAGCUCUUGUUUAUGAUGGGGACACUGUUUCAGUUCACAGACCAAGUUUUUAUGCUGACAGAUUUUUGAAGUUUAUGAGUACAAGAGUUUUCAAAAAAGUUCAAGCUUUAAAGACUUCUCCUUCCAAGAAACGGUGCAAUUCAAUCGCAGCCCUGAAGGCAACAUCACAAGAGAUAGUAUGUGCAGUCAGUCAAGAGUGGAGGGAUGAGAAGCGUGGCAUCCUUACUGAGGGGCAGAGCUAUUCCAGCCUUGAUGAGGAAGUGCUAAGUUCACGGCACCGGCCGGAUCUAGUGCCCAGUACUCCAUCACUGUUUGAAGCAGCUUCCUUGGCAACUACAAUUUCUUCUUCUUCCUUGAAUGUAGAUGAGCACUGUCAACGUGAUGAAACCAUGCUCUUCUGUAGCAGUAAAGGGCUGCCUUCAAGUUCAACGUUCACUUUAGAAGACAGUGCCAUCUACUUGACUUCAGAACCGAGCACACUGGAAAUGGAAAAUGAUAAUGCUUCAGUUUUGGAUGUCUAUUUAUAAUAAAGAACACAUGAAGAAUAAAACUACAAUGGACAGAAAUGACCACAGCUGAUGACCAGCACUCUCUGCACUCCUGGUUUAAAAAGAAUGAACUGCUGAGCCUACUAGUCAAAGAGUAAUAAUCAACUGGACUUAUCUCUAAGAAACAUCAGGAUCUUUGAAGCACGGAAAAGACUGAUAGACUUGGCAAAUGUGACAUGAAACAUUCCACACUCUGCUAUCACGUGCUGUUGCUUGCUAAAUUGUGAAGAACUGUCUGUUAAGAGCUGCUUUCUAGUAACCUGCCAAUCACCUUUUUUUGGACUUGAAAGUGGUAUUUUCUUGCAUGCAUUCUGUAACUAUGCACAAGCAAAGUGUAUUAUCUGUUUUAUCUAUUUAAAAAUCAGCACAGUGGUGAGUAAAAUUAACUUCAUUUGUUUUCACCCUUCAAUUCUAAUCACUUAAGUCCAUACUGGUGGAAAUUUGAAUUGAUUACAUGCAAGGGUUAAGGUAAGUCUCUUCACAUAAUAUAUGAAAAUGAGCCUCAAACUAUUUUCACUGUUGGUGAAAAGAA